AUGGGAUCGGCUUCGUCACGAACCGAACCACCGGUGGUUGUGACCUCAAAAAUACCGCUGUUUUGCCUUAAAAAACUGGGUCCACGCCACAUUAUUGUAGCAGGAGGCGGGGGUGAAUCGAAAACUGGUGUAUUAAACCUCAUGCAGACGUACCUCUUAACAUUUGGAAACAAAGCCAUAUCCAACUGCCCCACUCCCAUACAAGCGAAGCUUGUAAAUACGAUAAAUACAGAUUCAUAUGCUACUAUGAAUAUGGACGUUGUAUGCUGCUCGAAUCUAGAAAAAGGUCGGUAUUUGAUAGCAGCAGGUCAUGGACAGUAUUGUGAUAUAUACGAGACUACGGGUUAUACUGUCGGCAAAGAUGAUGCUGAUAAUGAAGUAUUAUCUUAUAAUAUUUGUAAUGUUGGGAGAUUAACGACAUCUGAAGAAGUCGAGUCUUUCCAGAAGUGCGUGCGUUUUGACCACUCAACUGCUGGGAAGCGGGUUGUGACUGGAGGAGAAGAUGGACGACUUCGAGUAUGGAACACACAUGCCCUGAAUCCUGAAACUAUCCGUACCCCAAUUCUUGACAUUGAGGCACACAAAUCAGAUGUGUUUGACAUUGACAUAUCAGCCGACGGACGAAUGAUUAUGUCUGUAAAAAUGCCUUUCUGUCGUCCAAUAAAUUCAUUGUUUUAUAGAACUAUUCGAUGUACUUGUCUUGGAAGUGGUAGAAAUUUGGUAUUCGUUGCCGGCUACAAUCCUGUUUCUCUUAGUUCGAAACGGGUGUCUUACUUAGCGUUAUGGGCUUACAGUCGAGAGAGACAAACUCUUCGGUCAAUUGUAGUGAGAAGAACAGGUCAAGGCGAUAGUAUAGCAUCCUUGUGUAUAAGCUCUUGUGGAAACUUCACGGGUGUAGGUACAAUGGGAGGUAGUGUGCUCAUUUAUGACACUCAUGAAAUGAGACAGUGUAUUGCUUUCAAGGAUACCCAUGGUAUUUUUGUGACUGCCGUAGAGUUUCUUGACAGAACAUCCGCAGAUGUCUUGUCUUUGAUUCCACAACCAACAUCUGGAAACGCUCGUUCAUGUGCCCGUGCUUCUAUCAUAUCUCUUAGUGCCGAUCAAACGAUCCAGGUUCACAGUCUACCGUUCGAUAAACCCUCAACUUCAUUGUUUUUGGUUAAACUGUUUUUCUCUUCAGUAGUGGUUUACUGCAUUAUUUGGUGUCUUUCUCUUAUUUAG